AAAGUAUAAAACCCCCUGGGCUACAGUGUGUUUGCAAUCGAAUGAUCUUACAUAUUUUCAAUAUGUUUAUGGAGUUUCGCUGGAGGCAGACUGCAAUGAGAUUUUAUAAAUAAAUAAUGGAACUCACCAGCUGGUGAACACUUCUCACUUAUCCUAAAAGGUAUAUUACCGGUUUCAUUUCCUGACGCUACGAAGCGUUUGAGGAGACGGUAGUCAGUGGAGACCCCUUCAAAUCCUUCAAACAGGUACGUGCUAUUGUCCUGUAUUUGCAGCUUCAAACCUCCGCAAUUCACUCGAACUACGACGCAAACAAACUAGAUCCAGGCGAUCAACACGAGUGAAAGAUUUCUCGGAAACUCUAAGUUCUAAAAACGUCGCAGAAGUAUCGCGUCCUCCGGGGGGACACUCCCUUAUCUGGACUAAACGUGUGAAGGUUGGCGAUGAGCGGUAGCGAAAAUAAGCAAUUAUUUCCUUAAACAGGGUCAGGCUUGUUCUCUCUAAAUUCGUCCUUCUCUCGCCUCCUCCUUUAUCGUUUCCUCGUUUUCUUACUUAAACACAAACGAAAAACACACCAAAAAAUCGCCUGCGUGAGGUUUAAAGAUACUGAGAUUGCAGGUGGUUUACAAUUCAGACUGACAUGCAACAGUCGAUUGUGAUAUCAAUGGUUCCGCUAAGGAUAAAGCAGAGAAGAAGAGAGAAGCAAUGCCUGCGCAAGUGAUGCGUUGACCAUGUGAUGGAUGAAUCCAGAAAUACGAGUACUAAGUGAGUACUAUCAGCACUGGCGCGGCCUCAAAGAGAAUCGGUAAAAGAGUCAGGUAGAAGAUUGGAGAAUGAUCGAAGGAUGAGAAAUGCAUGGCGAGUAGCAAGACAAGUUGGAAUACAACUUGUUUUAGCCUGUGUACAACAUUGUUCAUUAGGAAAAGAAUAACUCUUGAUGAUAACUUUCUUAAUACAUAUUUAUAGGGAGCUGGGGAUGCCUCAAUUUCAGGUCACUCAGUUAAAUUUUGGUCGGGUACAUAACACCAACGAAUAUGCAGGCUCCAAGUUUUAACCCUGUUUUACAUGGUUGUUUUAUUUUACAUUAUACCCUCUACUAGAGAUAGGCCAAAUUCUAACAAACGAUUUUUAAUAUUUAUUAUGAAGUUGAUAUAGAAAACCCUUUGAGCAUUUUUAAUUGCCAUUACAUUAUUUUUGGAGAGCUCCCCCACCCCCUCUCCACCUGAAGAAGCUGAUCAGGGCAAACCUGCGUAAUUAAACUAGGUGGACAAUUUUUUCAUUCUGAAUGGCCGCUCUCUAUUAUGAUUUUAUAGACACCCACGUUAUUAUAAUCAGUUGUUGAUAGGGAAUGAAGAUAUGAUUCUUAUUUUGCGUUUAAUGAUACAGCACAUCCAACGUUAUUCGCGUUCAUCUGUAGGUGAUAUGCUUUCCUUGCAUCUUUUCGUGAGUUGUAACACGAAACGGAACUUGGAGCCCGGCUUUUCAUACACUAAAAUUUAUCUAAAAAAUAGGAUGGCUUAACGGAAAUAUGGUUAUCAGUACUACACUCCCAAAGACAUCACUUUCAACCACAAUCAUGGCACUCUGGAAAAUAAGUUUUAACCGCAGUCAUCGGUGUUUUAAUACCUUUUCUCUAACCAUGCGACGAAACUUAAAAGUAGAACACAUUCGGACACAUACCUGACCUUUUUCCCGCAUUAGAGUCUCUAUAAAGAGUAUUAAGUACUUUCUUCUCCAAGUCAAUAAAGUUUUUAGCUUUAUCGGGUAGCCAUGCAUGCAAUGCUUUGAUUUCAGAAAAAUAGCAACAGAAAGCUCCGCAUUUUCUUGAACUGGUUUGACAACAAGGUUAUUUCUAAGAAUCGAAGAUACUGCAUUUAUAGUACUAAAUUCCAAGAAACUUACGUGGGGAAUACCUUUUAUGGUCAAAAUAGGCUUUCAAAUUAUGAUAAAUAAUUACAAACCUGAAAUAGUGCAAAUUAUUAAACCCUCCCUGUAGCAGUAAUGUGUUUACGAUCAAAAAACUAAGUUCUUGCGUCUUUUUAAUAUGUUUUAUGGCGUUCGUUGCAAGUCACAGUAGACUUUAAUCGGCGCGCGGUUUAUAAUACUGAACUUCCCGGUUGGAAACCACUUCCCGUUUAUGCUGAAAGUUUCAUAGCUGAGUUCAUUUCCCGACGACACGGAGCGGUAAAGGAGACGGUAGUUGGAGAAGCGUUCAAAUCCUUCGCUCUGAGGUACGUUCUACUAUCAGCGCCGUAGCUAGUAUGAGGCCAACCGAGGCACUCGCCUCGGUAAAAUUUUGACGAAUUUCGCCGAUCAUUUUUAUUUUACAUAAGCGAUCAUCGGAUAUUUUUAACGCAUCAUGAUAUUACAAAGAAUUCAGCAAUUCAGUCAAUAUACUAUGAAAAAAUUACCAUAUCAUCGAUCUCAAGGGGCUACGUACGUUAACUCAAAUUUUUUUUGAACAAAUACUGAUCAAAACCAUUGGCGAGGUUAACGGUCACCCAGAUUAUGUAGCUUGUUUCUGAUUAUUGCUUUUUAAAUUCCACUUAAAUUAACUCGAAAAAAAGUUACCGAAAGGCCCAGAAAACGCUGCAAAUCGCAUUUCCGAGAGACUAAAGUUCAAAAUUUCUCGGGGGGGGGGGGGGGGGGCAUGCCCCCGAACCCCCCUAGCAACUCCCGCCUGCCUCGGUUGGCCGUUUGGUCUGGCUACGGCACUGAUUCUGUAUUUGCAGCUUCAAACCUCCGUAAUAAUGCAACCUAACUACGACACUGCGCUGUACAAACAAACUACAACCAGAGACCAACAAGAGCGAAAUAGUUCUCGUAAACUCUAAAUUCUAAAACGAAGCGAAAGUAUGGCGUCCCCCGGAGUGAUGAGCAAUGCUUUGCUUAGGAAUUAGAAACAAAAGCUCAUUGUCUUCAACUAGAUUGACGACAAGGUAAUUUCUGAGAAUCAAAGGAACUCCUAUUGUAGUACUCGAUUCCAAGAAAAUAAGUGGGAAAUACCUUUUAUGGUAAAAUAGGCCAUCAAAACAUGAUUGAAAAAUAAUUUGAAUCUGAUUAAUUAUUCUAAGAAACUGAAAGGGUUUUUUCAAUUUGUCUUUUUCAAUAUGUCUGAGAAGUUCGUUGGAGGAAGACUGUUCUGAGCGUUUAUAAUACUGAACUUACCCGCUGAGAGUCACUUCUCGUCUAUGCUUACGUUUAUUGCCGAAAAAAAAAGUGAACAGGAACACAUACAACAUUUCCUCCAUAAAACGUCUAAUUAGUAGUCGUGCAAAACAAUUUUCAAAGAAAUGUACAAAAAAGUGUCCUGCACGUGGAAAGUUGUUUUUUGCUAAUUUUUUUGGCUGUUUUCGUUGCCUUCGCCGCUCAGUAUUACACGAUUUUAUAUUUUGUUUGAGUAAACUAUAGAUAUUAACGAAAGCUUCGCUUUUAGCCCCGGCUAAAUCUAUAUCUUCUAUGAUAAAAUGUAAGCCACUAGAAGGCAUCCUCCUUUUGAGGGAGGGGCUGGGUGAUAAAGAAAAAAUAUCCCGCAAAGACACCUGAAAUUAAACUCUACCAGCAAGAUCAGUAAAAGUCUUGUGUUUACAAACAAAAAAAAUCGUUUUACUCAAUAAUGCACGAUGCUCAUCAGUAGCAGGCAAUUUACAGGUUACGAUCUCUGGAGUCAAUAUUUCUGUUUAAAGGAAAGACCUAAAGUAAACUCGGGCCAACUUUUGUGCUAGCUGUAUUCUUAGUUUUCGUUCUAUCGGGUCCGGAAGAACAGUUAUGUGUAAAUUAGCCUUUACAUUUAUGCAUCGCAGUAUCUAAAAAAUUUACUAUAAGGUACCGUUUGUUUUUUUUUUAGGGACAGACCCAGAACAGCAAGUAACUUAUUUAACCAUUUCGGCUACUAGCAUAACAACUGUGCGAUUCAUGUUCAGCAGUCUAAAUUCACUGAGAAAUGUGCGAUGAACCCUUAGACCACAAAUUAUAAACGUUACAACAACUCGGUUGAAGAAUUAUCAUUCUAUAUUGGUCUGAACUGUUUCUAAAAACCCUUGAAAACUUUGACUUUUUAAAUUGUGUUUGUUUGUUUUUAUCCGGCUCCGUUCGCGUUAUUGAAUGCCGAAAACUAAAUAAACUUACCUCUUUUAAUAUCAGUGCUCAGAUAUUCAAGUUUACCCGCAUUUAUUUGGUUUCCAUCCUCCUUAACGUUCAUUGGUUUUUUAAUACAUCAAACAGUUAUCACAAAUUGCUUUCAAUAAAUACGUCUAUCAGAAAUGCAAACAGCUUUUAUUUAUGAGCAUAUUACAAGGAACCGGCGAAUCGUUUCACUGCAUUCAUCGAUGAGUCUGGCUGGGCCGAUGGGUCAAAGGAGCAAAACCACGGCAAAGGCUGGAUUUUCAGUAUUUAUUAAAACAACGCGGUAGAACGUAGUAAUGUGGUAAUCUGAAGCUAGAAAUUGCGAAAUGAUACAGAAUUAGAUGGGAAUCCUUAGCUAGCGAAAAGAUAGUCAAAUAAACGAAGACAAAUUGCAGAAAACUUACAUUUGUCCAGCCUCGUAAAAACACAGAGUUAAAAAACUCGCCAACUUAAAAACAUCUUCAUAAAAUCCUUGUUGAAAAACCUAGUACAUUCCAUGCCACACUUGAAGGAAAACGUAUUAUAUAACAAAAUCACGUGGGCGUAAAUUGUUCUCAGUCAGUUCCGGUUUAUGUAACGCAACACUGGCUGAUUGUCUUUAUUGCCUAAACAUAGCCUGAGUAUCAGGCCUUCCUACGGGGUUAGGGGAGAGGAGAUUUUAGAUGGGGGAGGGGGGAGGGGGAGAAGAGAAAGGAAGGCCUGACACAAAACACCUCUCUUCCUUUUUCGCUUCCAUUUUUCCCCUUUUCCCCAGAAACGCCUGAUACUCAGGCUACCUAAACAGAAAUUUUAUUACAAUAAUUCAGAGUAAAAAAAGUAAAUAAAGAUUGAACCUAGUUACGCGGUUCACCGUUGCGUCGUUUUAAUAACGCCAACUGAUUUUUAAUAUGAUAUGAACGCUGACCACUAUUUCAUCUUUUAACUUUCCGUUCGCUGUUCCAGGCGUUCAGAUGGUGGGGAGCGGGCGAAAAAUUGACAAGGGAAAAAAUAGGCCCCUCGAUUUUUUUCUUCCUCGUGUUCCUUUUGCGCUAGACGCGUUCGAUUUAACUCACUCCCCACCACCUGAACGCGUGGAACUGGCUAUUCGCAAUUCCCCAGCCCCUGUUUUCGUUUUAUUAAUAUACAAUGAAUAAACAAAGGAAGGAAGAGGGUCUUAAUGGGGUUUAGUGUUUAGUGUCAUUUGCCCAUAAUUUUUAGUGUUUGCUGUUAAAUUGGCCAAUUUUUUAAUGUUUACUGUUUCCGAAGAAAAUACUAUCUCUUUUGGAGCCGUUUUUGCUUCUUUCUGGAAAAAAUUUACUGUUUCAAAGAAUUUUUUACUGUUAGAGUUAAAAUACCUAAAAUUUAGCCAUGUUAACUGUUUCAUGUUACAAAGACAAAAAAUGAAGUGUUUUAGUGUUAUCGAGGUAACCCUAUCAUGCCUAUUCAGACCCUCAAGGAAGGAAGAAAAGAGGGAAGGAAUUGAGAAGGAAGGAAGGAUAGAAGGGAGGGAGCAAGAGAGGGGGAGAGGAAGGAAGGAAGGACGAAAGGAAAUAUAUUGUAAUCUCAUUAAGAUUAGAGAGACACCUUUUAAUAAAAAUUCGCUUAAAACGUUCAGGUCGAGUGCAAGGUAAAAUGAUAAUGUGGAUGCGAGGAUGCAUGGAGCAACCUUCCCCUCUGCUUGGGAUGUAGACCACUUAGACGGUGAUCCUUUCAGGGCCUUAAUUGCUUGCUUGCUUAGAUUGAAUUCCAUCCUCAGUGUCCUUACUGGCCCAUUGUUGGAUAUUCCAAACCUCGUCCAUAGAAAGAGAGUUGGGAGCUGAUGGGUUGAUUGGAAUGCUUAGUGUGAAGUGCGGUAAUAUCGUUAACCAUGAUAAAAAAUAUCAGAAUAAACCUCAAUACAGCCCCUUGAGGAACACCUCUGUUAACACUACUAAACUCUGUAGACUUUCAAUCUUCAACAACACUUUUCUGCCUGUAUGUAGUUUAUGACCCAUUUGGUAAUGUCCAUGCAUGUCUUUUAGUUAGCCAGCUAUGAUAAGUAUUUAUCAUAAGUAUUUAUGAUAAAUAUUAUGUAAAUUCCGGCAACCCUUAAAAAGGGACCGAAGUAAACAAAGCUCGAUAUUUCUUUACAUCGGGGCAGCAAUUUAAAGUUUUGACGAUACCAGAUUUUAGCGUUGACGCUAUAGUUUGCGAAAGGAGUGAACCUAUGAUUUAACCGGUCAAUCCAAUUCUUUUUAAUUUUAAUGAUUUUCAGUUUCUGAUUCUGUUGAGAUCACUUCCUGUGUAUAUCUAUUUUUCAUUUUAUUUAAACAACCAUUCCCUACAAUGUCGGUGUGAAUAGUGGCUGUACGAAUAUUUACCUUAAUUUUAUAGAAUAAUAAAUAUUGUUAAAUAUUACGUGGGACCGUCCAUUUUAUGACGAUUUCUUAGUUUAUGUAUGAUUCUUUCAAAUUUUAUGAGGCAAAAACUUCAGCUGAAUGUAAAGACUUUUCAUGUCAGCUUUGAUGAUUUUUUUAUAACUUGCGUGAUAAAGACCAAUACGAAUAAACAUCAUCAAAAUUCCAGGAGGUUCAAAACACCCCUCUCUUCCCACUCAGAGUUUUCAACGCGCAACUUUUUCUCUAGCCCUUGUCUCAGUACAAUUACAAGAAAAUCAUGAAGUUCAGAAAACUGAGUUAUUCCUGUCCCACACUCGUGACAUAAUGAUUAAUGGUAAAUAACAUGAAAUAAUUUAUUCUCAUUAAUGGUAAAUCAUGAUUUAACCAGCAGUUUUGUGUAGGGUCUUGAGGGUAUCAGACUUUCUAAACAUGUUCUGUGACAAGUGCGAAACCAGAAAGCUUCACAGAGAGUUUCCCACCGACGCUCUUACUGAUGAAUGUGAACAUGCCGCUCUGCAUUGCCUAAGGGUGAGUACGUGAUAUUUUACCUUUAUACAUAAUUCGAAGCCGCGUGGAAAGUAUAAUCUUUAACUCAAUGUCUUCAGCCCCGGAGCAAAUAGACCUGAUCUGGUCUAUUUCGUAAGAAAAUUCGCAAAAAGUUGCGUUACUUCCGAUUGCUCCCAAAUUUGGCACAGAGGAAGUUAAUAGAUUUAGCCAAUCACCUGCCUAGUUCCAGCCCCUGUGGACUUUUGACCGUGACACACGGAGCUUUCGAAAAUUUUGAAUUUUAUGGCGAGUCGCGGGGAAUUUUUGUGAGCCGGUUUUGCGAAGAAUGGAAGCUUGUAUCGACGAAUGUCAACCAAAUACAAGUCAAGCAAACUAUUCUGAAGGAUUUUAGAGGAUAACAAGCAAAAUAAACGCGAAAAUUGAGGUAAGGAAACACUUAGAAUCUGUGCAUGCAAAUCGCCGAUCGCCGAACUCAGUGCCACAUGUUCUUGAAACGGCGACGAUUCCUUCCCGUUUUGCCUUCGCUUCGCUUUUCGCCGUCAAAUUCUUGCUUAUUUUGAUGAAUUAUAUCAGCAAAUUCAUGUCUGCUUGUCUGUAACUCGAUAUUUUUUUGGGAAUGAAGGAAACAAAGCGUCUCAGUAAAGUAAACACGGGGUCACGAGGUGACGCCAAAGGAUUAUGCUAAUUAUGAUAAUCUAAUUAGCAUAAUCAUGACAGCGUGAAGAAAAAAAUUUGUGGAAAAUUUGUAGUCGCUCCAUAUUUUAGAACGAUUUUCGGGUUUUUUUGCUUAGAUAUUGAUGAAAACAAUUUGUUACUACCAUAUCACCCAAAAUAAAGAAGUUUCCUAGCUAAAUGACAGUCUUUAAAAAUUUUAAAAAAUUUUUAUGCAAAACAUGCUUUUUAAUUUUUUUUUGGCGGAAUAUUAUGGGUUUCCUACGACCGAAAUAUUUUUUUUUCGAAAGGGUAUUCUUUUCCCUUUCCAAUGAGGUAUAGCUUGAUAUUGAACUGUAAAUAACACCAGAGAUAUGAUUUUUUAAAGUUACAUGGCAAAAUACAUUAAAAUAAUUGGCUGAAGACAAUGAGUUAACGGCCCACACUUAAGAAUCUGGAUUACUUGGUGAAUGCAUAUGCGACAUAUUUCAUGGCUUAAUGGUUCAAAAACCAAUUUCCAUGAAAAAAAUAGAAACUAAAGAAAUGGCGUGUCUAAGUAUAUGUGCCUUGAAGGGUAAUUAGAUGCUACCAUUGUGUUAAUUUAAUUGCUCAAACUGAACUCAUUAGUUACCAAGAAAGAAUCGCUCCCCUCAGUUUUAUUUUGAUUUUUUUUUUUUGAAAUAGUGACGUAAUUGAGAAAAAUAUUUCCUUUCAGUGUGUAACAAAGCAUGUUCAGGAUUUCAACAAGUGUUCUCAGUGUACACAAGUCGUGAACACCGACAACCCACGUUAUCUUAAAUGCUUGGCCACGCUCGAGAUUCUGUUUCCAAAAAUUGAUGAGUCUUCUGUCCUGGAAGAUGCCGAGUGGCCAUCCACGGAAGGCGACAAGACGAUAUCUGUUGUAAUGUUGGGUGGGGACAGUACUGUAGUAGAGUACCAGCCGCAUAUGACCAUUUUAGCGCUGAAGGCCUUCAUAAAAAGCAGGCUUGGUCCAGAACCAGAAAAACAACGCUUACUGUACAAAGAACAAGAGCUCAAGGUAUAGGAACAACGAAGAGACAUAAUGCACUCACUUUUUCAACAAAAUAGUUAACAAUUGUGCUUAGCCGUAAUUAAUAAGAGCCUUUUUUAAGGGAGCCUGAAAGUAGUUUUUUACAGAUUGCUCUUUCUUCAUUUGCAGGUUGUUGUCAUGCAAAAUAUAGGAAACAUUCAGUGACGUCUUUUUAGUCUACAAAUAGAGCUGCCUCUCAUAACUACUCGCCUCUGGGAUAGGGUGCAGUAUUUGCAAGCGAACGAGUGCUAUGCGCCCUGCUUUUUGAAGUCUUAAAAUAUGCAAAGGUUAUGAUCAUCUUUAGAUUUUCGGCAAUUUUUUUAAUUUUAGCCACGAAAUUGACUUGAUGUUUGUCUUUCGGCAUUGCUCCAUGCGCAGUCUAUAUCAUACAACAUUAUUCUCAACUACUUUGUAGUGCCUCUGCUUGGUAUGUAAUGGUGAUGUUGAUCGUAAUGUCGAGGAUGAGAGAACAACAGUACGUACGACGCUCUUACAUUAUAUACGAACUCUCUCUUUUUCAGACGCACACCAGUGCUAGUAAAUUGGCCACUUUACAAGAUUACGGUGUCCAGCCAUUCAGUACGCUACAUCUAAUCGUGGUGUUGUAUGAGAUUUCCGAGACUCUUGAUCACGUGAUUUUCGACUUGUUUUGGGGUUAUCCUGCCAGCGGGUGUGACUUCUUGGACGCGUCUGUACUUAUUUACAGUGGCAGCUUGUUUCAAACUGUAGUCGAUUUUGGGCGUCGUGGUUUUAGCGGUGUUACACACUCCGGCGAUGUAAUGGACGCCGCCAAGCGUCUUGGUCAUCAUACCAUAAAUGUGAAGCUGAAAAGCUUGCCGGCUUCUGUUGACAAGUUGUUCUUUACUCUGAGUGCUUGGAACUCAGCAAACAUCUCCAAAUACAAAAAUCCCAGCCUGCGCUUCUUUGACGCCAAGGAACCCAACAAGCAGCUCUGCAGUGAUCGGAUGGACCACGCAGCUCAUUCUCAGGCCAUUAUCAUGUGCAGUCUGUGUAAGAUCAACCACAGAUGGAAAGUGUUUAGUUUACGCACACUGUCCGCAGGAAAUGCAAAGAAUUAUUCCCCAUUGCAACAAAAAAUUGGUGGAAUCAUUGCCCAAGGAUUGUGUUAGAAAUGAGAUUUUUGUGACACUGAAAAUACCUUGUAACAGCUCUUCAUUAGAAAAAAAAAACUUCAAUAAUCUUUCUUUUUAUAGUAGUC